GAUGUAUUUGUAUGUUAGGUCAGGAAAUAAGUUAUUCAGUGUUGUCUGAAGGAAUUUGUAAGGCAUGCGGCCAAAGUCUGAAAGUUCAAAUCAAUUGGAACCUGACCCACACGCCAUUCCACCAGGGACUUAUUCUGAACCCUGGUGGCGUAAUGCUGGAUAUAAUAUAAUCCCACCAUCUGGGGCUGGUGCGAAUCCAUCUAAUUCAUCUUCAUUGGAAGGCCCUAAUGGUUUAGACUCAAAUGAUGGUCCAUCAAUGUCCAAUGAUGGAGUGAAUGAGGAAGAUGAUGAUGCUAACAAAGAAUCACAAAAUACUGCAUCUUCACGAUCAGUUGGACGAGAGCACCAAAAUUUGCAGCAAGGUGCAUCAACUAUGCCUACGAUGCCUGAUGAAUGCUUCCAACAGCCUCCACAGCUUGAACUUGUGGGUCACUCCAUUGCUUGUACGUCAAAUCCUUAUCAGGAUCCGUAUUAUGGAGGAAUGAUGGCAGCUUAUGGACAUCAACCUAUGGGUUAUCCUCCUUUUGUUGGAAUGCCUCAUGCUAGAAUGCCUUUGCCCCUUGAGAUGGCCCAAGAACCUGUUUAUGUGAAUGCCAAGCAAUACCAGGGGAUUCUGAGGCGAAGACAGGCACGUGCCAAGGCAGAGCUUGAAAGGAAGCUGAUAAAAGUUCGAAAGCCAUAUCUUCAUGAGUCUCGACACCAGCAUGCUAUGCGAAGAGCAAGGGGUACUGGUGGACGCUUUGCAAAGAAAACUGGUGGUGAUGAUUCCAAAGGCACAGGUGAAGAGAAGGGUAGCGGUUCAGGGCCAGUUCGUUCAUCUCAGUCUGGUAGUUCAUCAGGAUCUGAACCCUUGCCAUCUGACUCUGCUGAAACCUGGAAUUCCUCCACUAGUCGACAAGAUGCAAGAGGGUCGCAAGUACAUGACACACAUGAAGCUAAAAAUCAUGUAAAUGGCAAUGGCCGCUACCAGAACAAUGGUGGCUUGCAGGUGUCAACAUACCAUUCACACCUUAGCGACAGAGGAGAUGAUGGAGACUGUUCAGGCCAGCAAUGGGGAAGCAUCUCUUCGAACCAGGCUUCACAGAGGCCUCUUGCCAUUCAGUGAAAACCCUCUGUGGGCAAGGUGGGCGCCAAGAUGUAGGAUCUAGACCCAAGUGAUAUAAUAUGGAGAAGGGUAACUUCUUGGUUGUCUGGUGACCACUCUUGGCAAUUCAUUGCCAGGCGGCAAAUCAUUCUUGGCUUUGUUCUUUUGCAUGGAUUGUGGGUGAAUGGGGAAGAAGAGAUGAAUGCUUCUAUCAUUCUUUCCAUCUUUUGUUUUGUACAGUGAUCAUGUUGAAUUAAACAAAACUAGAAAUAGUUUGUGGAGGAACUUUAAACAAACAAACAGCAGUCCUUUCCUUUUCUGUGAAACUAGACAAAAAGUCUUACCCUCUGUACUUAAAAUGUCAUGAUAGUGUUAAUGGGGUGACAGCAUUGACUGAAUUUGUGUGCCAUUGGUGGUGACUUGAACAAAUUACUUUUCUGCU